CAUUGUUUAUCUUUCUCUUAAAUGGCGCUGGAGGAUUCGCCCAACGCAACAAUGAAGCGGCAAGUACAAUGGCUUCUAUUGGUCCUCUCUCUCAGAUCGGCGCUCGCGCAGGUCAGCUACUCGAUUCCGGAGGAAAUGGCUGAAGGUUCCUUGGUCGGUAACAUUGCGCAGGAUUUAGGGCUAGACGUGAAAAGGCUGAAAACGGGGAAAGCGCGUAUUCACUCGGGCGACCGUGCAAAAGCCAUCGAGCUGAGUGCGGAGAGAGGUGUGCUGCUCCUCCGGGAGAGACUAGACAGGGAGGCGCUGUGUGGCGACGCGACGCCUUGCGCUUUGCAUUUUCAGGUUAUCCUCGAGAGCCCGAUGGAGCUGUUCCGCGUGGCGGUGGAGAUCGCCGACGUAAACGACAACGCUCCCAGCUUCGCGUCCGGCGAGAAGCGCUUUGAAAUUAGCGAGUCGGCGGUCGUGGGGUCGAAGUUCGUGCUGGAGAAAGCCGUGGACCUCGACAUUGGGCUGAACAGCCUGCAGAGCUACUCGCUUAAACCGACCGACAACUUCGCGUUGAAACUAGAAAAUCAAGCCGACGGAAGUAAAAAAGUCGAAAUGGUUCUGCGGAAGCCGCUAGACCGAGAGCAUCAGGAGCACAUCGCGCUGCUGUUGACCGCUGUGGACGGCGGAGAGCCGCAGAUGUCCGGCACAAUGCAGAUACACGUCAACGUUUUAGAUGCUAAUGACAAUGCUCCAGUGUUCACAGAAGCAGUGUACAAGGCUACAAUAACCGAAAAUUCCCCGAGGGGGACAAGUGUUACGGUUGUAAGUGCGACCGACAAGGACGAGGGCUCAAACGGACAGAUAUCGUUUGUCAUUUCUAACAGUAAACGCCGCUUGUCCGACCUGUUUCAGAUCGACGCGAAAAGCGGCGAGCUUACAUUAAUUGGCGAUAUAGAUUAUGAAAAGGCGAAGCACUAUCAGAUAGAUAUUGAAGCCGUAGACAGCGGGGGGCUCUCCGAUUCCAGCAAGGUUAUCGUUGACGUCAUUGACGUCAACGAUAACAAGCCUCUGUUAAAUAUCCUCUCUCAGUCAGACAAAAUACUAGAAGAUUCCCCGCCACACACGGUGAUAGCGAUGUUAAGUGUAAAUGACCCCGACUCGGAUCACAAUGGAGAGGUGGACUGCAGUAUAAACGAUAAUAUCCCGUUUAAAAUUCAUUCUACAUUAAAUGGAUUUUAUAGUUUAGUAACAGACGUCGCCUUAGACAGAGAGGAGGCUUCCCAGUAUAACAUCACCGUGACGUGUUGUGAUGAGGGAGUGCCCUCUCUCUCCAGCAGCGUCACUCUCACCUUACACAUCUCAGAUGUGAAUGACAACGCGCCUGUCUUUGAGAGGAGCUCAUAUGAGGCCUACAUUGUAGAAAACAACACACCGGGUCUCUCCAUAUUCACAGUGAAAGCCACAGACGCUGACUGGAACCAGAAUGCCCGUGUCUCUUAUAUACUGGAGGACUCCUCGGUUAACGGAGUGCCCGUCUCCUCCUAUGUGUCCGUCAGUGCUGAUAGUGGAGUCAUCCAUGCAGUUCGCUCUUUUGACUACGAGCACAUCAAGGAUUUCCCAUUCUGUGUUAAAGCGCAGGAUGGAGGCUCUCCUCCACUCAGUAGUAACGUGACCGUGAAAAUAAUGAUCCAGGACCAGAACGACAACGCCCCUCAGGUUCUGUACCCAGUCCAGACCAGCAGCUCUGUGGUGGCUGAAAUGGUGCCUCGUUCAGCAGAUGUGGGCUAUCUGGUGUCUAAAGUGGUGGCUGUUGAUGUGGACUCUGGACAGAAUGCCUGGCUCUCCUAUAAGCUGCAGAAAGCCACAGACAGGGCGCUGUUUGAAGUGGGCUUACAGAAUGGGGAAAUAAGGACUAUCCGCCAAGUCACUGAUAAAGAUGCUGUGAAACAAAGGCUGACUGUUGUAGUGGAGGACAACGGGCAGCCCUCUCGUUCAGCUACAGUCAAUGUUAACGUGGCGGUGGCGGACAGCUUCCCUGAAGUGCUCUCGGAGUUCACUGACUUUACACACGACAAGGAGUACAAUGACAACCUGACUUUUUACUUAGUCUUGGCUUUGACUGUAGUGUCCUUUCUCUUCAUCACCUGCUUAGUGGUCAUCAUAUCAGUGAAGAUAUACAGAUGGAGACAGUCUCGCGUCCUCUAUCAUUCCAGUCUACCGGUGAUUCCCUAUUAUCCACCACGUUACUCAGACACUUUGGGGACAGGGACUCUCCAGCACGUGUACAAUUACGAGGUGUGCAGGACGACUGACUCCAGAAAGAGUGACUGUAAGUUCGGCCGAGCCGGUAGUCAGAACGUGCUGAUAAUGGACCCCAGUUGUACAGGGACGAUGCAGCGGAUCCAGAAUGAAAAGAACAUCCUGGAUGAGCCAGACUCUCCUGUAGAGGUUAGAACGCAAUUUUUGUGA